AUGGACAGUGUUUAUGUAGAGCUGGAUGAAGUUAAAGCUGAGCUUGAGAAGCUCAGGGCAGAAUACAAAAGCAAAGCAGAACUAUCUGAUAACUUGAGGAAAGCACACAAUGAGCAGCUCAGUAAAGUCCAGGAGGCAAGUUUGAAAAUCGAGAAGCAGGCUCAAGAACUAAAUGAGAAUGCAGAAACAAUAUCCACGGUGCAGCAGAUGUGUGAAGAUCUCAAAUGCAGUUUGAAAGAUAAAGAGUCCAUGAUUCAACAUCUCAGGGCUGCAAACGAUAGACUUCGAGUUGAUUGUGAUGAGAAGUACCGGAAAUUGGAAGAAACCAACAGAGUGUUGGCAUUGGCUUUGGAUGAGGCGAAUGAGAAGAAAAUGGAUGAGGAGCAAACAAUUCAGGAGGAAAAUCGGAAAGUUCAAGAUCAGCUAAAGUGGAAGAAGGAGCAGUUCAGGCAUCUAGAAGAAGCACAUGAGAAGCUCCGAGAUCAGUUCAAGGAAAGUAAGAAGGAAUGGGAGAGGGAGAAGUCUUCAUUGCUUGAUAAGAUUUGUUCGUUGGAGACAAACUUGGAUUCUCAAACCAGAAUUUCAGAUGAUCUUCAAAAGCGACUCCAGAUGUGCAACCAAGCCCUGGCUCAUGAAGAAUCCCGAAGAAAGCGUCUGGAAGUUCAGGUUUCUGAGUUCCAAGCACUCUUUACAAGUGACUUUUCUGACAGCGAUGAUACAAAAUCGCAACUGGAAGGCUUAACUGCUGAGAGGGACAAAGAAAUUGCAUCUCUAAGGCAGUCCCUAAGCACGAAAGCAACACUUCACAAAGAAAUGGAAUAUCAGACAGGGAAGCUACAGCAAGAAAAUGAAGAGUUGCGAAUGUCCCUCAAAGAACUCCAGGAAGCCCAAAUCCAGUCUGCACCAGGUUCACCUUCUCUGGCAAAGCUGCGAAGCAAGCUCAAAAGAUUGGAGCAGAUGCACAGAGAUUCUGUUGCAUAUCAUAGGGCUAAAGAAGCUGAAUGGUGCUCUCAACUGGAAAAUAUGACAGGGGACUUGAACCACCAUAAGUCUGAGUUAGAGAAUAAAGAUGCUGCAAUAACGGGGCUCAGGUCAGAAUUGGAACAGAUGCAGAGAGACCACACUUCAGAUCUCAGAGCGAAGGAGUAUGAAUAUAGCUCUCAACUUGAAAAAAUGAGAGAGGAAUUGAACAUUUUUAAAUGUGAGUUAGAGGGUAAAGAUGCAGCACUAAAAAAACUCAACAUGGAAAUAGAGCAGAUGCAUAGAGCCUGUAAAACAAAUGGUGCAGAAGGUGCUGAGUGGAGCUCUCAACUUGAAAAGAUGGAAGAUGAGGUGAAAAGCUAUAUUUAUGAGCUAGAGCGAAAAGAUGCAACAAUAGCCGAGCUGAAGAUAGAAAUGGAGCAGAUGCGCAGGGACUGUACUACAUAUCGGGCCAAAGAGACUGAAUGGGGCUCUCAACUAGAGAAGAUGACAGGUGAUCUGGAAAGCCGUACUUCUGAACUAGAGAGAAAAGAUGCCAUAAUAAUGGAGCUGAAGAUGGAAAUGGAGCAGAUGCACAGGGACUGUACUGCAUAUCGGGCCAAAGAGACUGAAUGGAGCUCUCAGCUAGUGAAGAUGACAGGUGAUCUGAAAAGCCAUAUUUCUGAACUAGAGAGUAAAGAUGCAGUUAUAAUUGAGCUCAAGAUGGAAAUGGAGCAGAUGCACAGGGACUGUAGAACAUAUCAGGCCAAAGAGACUGAAUGGAGCUCUCAACUAGAGAAGAUGACAGGAGAUGUGAAAAGCUAUACUUCCGAGCUGGAAAGAAAAGAUGUGAUAAUAAAUGAGCUCAAGGUGGAAAUAGAGCAGAUGAAUAGAGCCUAUACAGUUAUUCGGGCCAAAGAGAAUGAAUGGAGCUCUCAACUACAGAAGAUGACAGGUGAUGUGAAAAGCUUUAAGUCCGAGCUAGAGUAUAAAGGCGCAGCAUUAAAUGAGCUCAAGAUGGAGUUGGAAGCUUGUCAUUCUCUAACUGUACAGCUCAAGUUGCAAAACGAGGAGCUUUCUGUCAUGUUAUUGGUGUUGAAGCUUGGAAUCUCUGAGGCUCAGCUGAAGAUUGCGAAUGAGCAAUCUGAAAUGGUUCUGCUUAACAAAGAGAAAGAAGAGUGUAUUUCUCUAUUGAUGCAGCAAGUUGAGAUGAAGAAUGCUGCUCUGGUUAUUGCACAGGCAGGUAUUGAAAAAGAACGUGAUAGGGCUGCAUUUUUAUCUAGGAGGAUUGAAGCUUUGGAUCUCAUUGAGAAAGAACAACUUCUGAUGCAGGAAGAACUUAACAGGUAUAAGGAAAUGCUGGAGGACUCAUCCAAUCAUGAGCUUUGCUUGAAACAGCAACUUUUGCAGAUGAAAAGUGUUCUAGAAAGAGAACGUAGUGAACUCAAUGAUGCCUUAGAGAGAGCAAAUGCUGAGUUGGCUGACAGAAUCAGUGAAGGAAGUGAAAUUGAAAUGGAAUUACAUAUAUGGAAAUCCAUCACUGAAAAUCUAAGAAUUGAUCUUGAAGUAAGUCUGGGCAUACGUAAAGAGUUGGAAGCUUCUCUUCUUGCAGAGGUAGAUGUUGGGGAGACCAUCAAGCAAGAUAAUAAGGGUCUUCUUCGUGUUCUAGAGGAGAAAGACAAAACAGUAGAAAACCUCCAACAGCAGAUUGUGUUACUGGAGCAGAAGCUCAAGAUAACAGAUGCAGAUGCAGAAAAUGCUGGUUCUGCACAAAUGGAGGCAGCAAUGUCUUUGGAGAAACUCCAGAAUGAGGUCGGCCGGCUAGAGCAAGAAUCACUGAUGAAAGAGUUCACAGGUGUUUUGCUUGCCCAAAUUGGCGCAGAGAGACUAUUUGAGCAUGAGAAGGAGAAACUUAUCCAACUUGUAGAAGAGAAGUACCAGAGAGUGAAUGAUCUCAUGCAGCUUGUGGAGUCCUUGGAGCAUAAGUUUAAUUGCUCAGUAGUUUCUUUCUCUUCACAGCUAGCUGAAAAACAGGCAGAAAUUAAUGUCAUACAUGAGACUUGGGAGGACAUCACUGCUGCUCAGAUUAUGGCUGCAGUUGAAAAUGCAGUAAAUAAGUCAGUGAUUGCGGAACUUGAGGGUGAAAUCUGUAGUUUACAGACAAAGCUGGAAUCACAGCAGAAAUCCUUGUGUGACUCAGAACAGCGAGCACUGGAGAUUGAAGCUGAAUUGAAAACAAGGGAGCUGGAAGCGCAGAAACUGAGUGAUCAAAUGAAGACAAAGCUGAGAGAACUCAACAAUGAAAGAAGAAAUGUACUUGAAGAGGUCAUUAAGUUGUCAUCAGACAGUAUCAGUCAGUUCACCAGUACAGACAAACAAUUGAGGGGUAUGCUGGAAGAGAUGGUGCUCUCUAUUGAAAACCAAGGUCAGGAAAUGGAUUUGGAAUGGACUGAUGAGCUUGCUGACCCAGAAAAAGAGAAUGUUUCUAUGCCUACCCCAGGGAAGAAAUGUGAAGUAACUUCUGACAUAAGAUCUCCAUUUAGAGACCUCAACACUUAG